AUGUCAGCACCUGUUGGUCCUAUCAUGCAACAGCUCGCAACCCUGCCAGCUCGUUCCAGGCAGGGCUUGAGUAACUUGCGACAAAGACUCUUCCAGCAGGGUGAGAAGCCUAAGAAGGAAGGUCAACUCCUUCGCACCUCACUCAAUGUCCACCGACCUGUCUGGGUCACUGCCGGCGGCGGUGUCUAUACCAGUCUGGCUGCCGUCUAUCUUACCAUGCGCUACCUGAAACGUGUUAGGGUUUGA